AUGAUCUGUUUUAUUGUUAUAACCAUUGACAGUGAUGACGAUGAUGUUGUGAUUAUAGAAGAUUCGGAAACGGAAGAUUCUGGGAAUGGAAUUUCCACUGACAAUACGUUGGCCAUACAACCAAAUCUUCAAGAUAACCAAGGAGUUUCACGAAGGGACCAUCGAGCAAAUUCAAGAAGAAAUUGCCCUGACUCCGUGGAUGUGGAGUCUAGCCCAGUGUGCAAAAGGAGACGAUCAUCUACUCGAAGAGACGAUUAUAUGGGAAAUUGUCACCCAUCUUUACCAGAGCAAAAGCGGAGUACCUAUGCUCAGACCGACCUUGUAGGAACAUCUUUUCAGCCAGCAGCAUGCCCUGAACUGCAGCAGCCAGCCUUCAGGGUGGAGCCAGUGUUCAUAGUGGAGGCCGAGGUCCACAGGGAGCAGGAGCCGGUCCUCAAGGAGCAGGAGGAGGUUCACAGGGAGCAGGAGUCAGUCCUUAGGGAGCAGGAGGAGGUCCACAGGGAGCAGGAGCCAACCCUCAAAAUGGAGGAGCCGGUCCUCAGAAUGGUAGAGCCAGUUCUCAUGGGGGAGGAACCAGUCCUCAGGGAGCAGGAGCAAGUCCUCAGUGAGAAUCAGGAGGUCCACAGGGAGAGUCCACCUCCUCCCAAAAUCAUCUCUGCACGUUCGUUACAGCCACAUUUCACAGGAGGCAACCCAUAUCCUUGUCUUGCUAUAAUGUCCUACUUUUUCAAUGAAGAUGCUGAAAAUAACACCAACGUCUCAUCUGCCAGAGCUGCAGUAGGAGUACCAACAGCCAUGCUACCACAAAGACAGAGCAGUCUGGCAAAUAACCCUGAGAUAAUGAAUUGCUCAGCUUCACUGGAAAAUAGCAGUGGAAACACGGAUACUACCUUGUCAUCUCUCUGCAUCCCUCCCAAUUUUGGUGAGUUUGAAAUGACACAUAUGUCGUACUUCCUUAAAAUGCCGGAAAAAGCUGGAACCAGCCAGGAAAACAUCCCUGAGACAAUGAAUUAUCCAACCUUACUGGGAAAUGAGAGUGGUCAAGGUACUUCCUCUUCAUCUGUCUGCAGCCUACCCAAUGAUGGAAAUGAAGACACCAGCCUGGGAGACAAUCUUCAGACAGUGUAUUACCCAACUUUAUUGGGAACUAGCAUUGGCCAAGUUACUGCCUCAUCAUCUGUUUCCAUCCCUCCCAGUGUUGAAAUGUUGGAAGAAGGCGAACCCAGCCUGGAAAAGGACCCGGAGACGAUGAAUUACUCAGCCUUAUUGGGAAAUGAGAGUGGCCAGUGUGCUUCCUGUUCACAUAUCUACAUCACGCCCAGUGGUGAAAUGCUGGAUAAAAUAGGAGCCAUCAUGAAACAGAAUCCUGAGGGAAUGAAUUAUCCACCUUCCUUGGAAAAUAACAGUGAUGAAAAUACUCCUUCAUCUUCUCUCUGCAACCUUCCCAAUUUUGCACUUUUGCCUGUAGAGAUGUUGGUAGAAGCAGAAACCAACAAGGAAGAUGGCUCGGAAGUGAUGAAUAACCCAGUUUUAUUGGAAAAUGACAGUGGCCAAGCUUCCUCAUCAGCGGCCUGCCCCUCUCCCAAAUUUGGAUAUCUUGGUGAUCCUAAAAGAAACAUCAAGCUGCUUGAUACACAUUUGGUGGAAGCACAAAAGAAGCGCACACCUAAGCAUGCAGCCCGUUACUUGGUUCGUCAUUUGUUUUCCAAGGAGGUCCUAAUUUGCAGCUCGGUGGGUGCCGGUUUCCAAGGCCUCCAGCCUCUAGACCCAAACAAACUGGCUGCUAUGCGAGAAUAUCUGGCAGCAAGUUUUCCCAACUGUGAUUUGAGUGAACAUGGAAAAGAUUGGAGAAGCUGUAUUUCAGGUAUCAGAUCACUGAUCCGCUAUUGUAAAGCCAACAAUCCGAUGAAGAAACAUGCUGACAGAACUCAGGGCCCUAUGAACCCUGAUGCGCCAGCAGCUGCAGAUCCCAAUGAUGAGAGAGACGGCAGUGAGAGCAGUUCUCAGACAUCUCAGCAAGCAGCUGCCUCUGAAACUACAGAAAAUGGGGCUUCUCUGCGGAACAGUGAGGCUACCCCUGGAGGAGUUAAUGAACCUUCAGCUGAUAGUUCAGGGAUGCCUUGUGAAAAUCUGGUUUUAACCUCUCAAAUUCUUGAACCUAAGAAUUCAGACAGAUCAACAUUUCUAUCACAGCCUUUUAAAAAAACAUGCCAAAAAUGCCAAUUUAACAUCUCCCACAAAGAUGAUCUUCUUUCUUUUUUACUUCUAGAAUAUUUUGGAAAUCCACAUAGAAACAUACAGAUCCCACAUUCGAUACUUGAUAUAGCGAAAAGUAAGUCUCGCCCCGAACUGUCAGCCCGAUACCUGAUUCGCAACCUGUUCACAGACGAAGUCCUGAUGAAGAGUAACGUCUAUGGCCAUCCCGGGCAUGGUAUCUAUGCCCUUAACUACAACAAGAUUGCUGCUCUCCGAGAGUUUCUCCAAGACAACUUCCCAACCUUUGAUCUAGCAGAAACUGGAUAUGACUGGAAGAUGUGUGUCACAGCUGUCAAUAACUUUCUCCGUAGUCUUAGAUAUGACCUCAAGAAGGCUGCAGCGAAGUCACAGCCGCUUCCAGCAACGACCUCUUCCACAGAGCCACGGCCAGGUGAUACCGACUGA